CAUGGAGGGAUCUGUGGUGACCGGAGAGUCUGAUGCAGCAGCUGCAUCACAGGACCAGGAGGGGGCUUACAGGAUGUGGCACUACCGCCUAGGCCACAUGAGUGACAAGGGGCUGAGGGAGUUGAGCAGGAGAGGACUCAUCUCUGAUUUGGAGGAUGGUGCUACAGGGAAGAUCUGUGAGCCUUGCCAGAUGGGAAAGUAGAGGAGAGUUCAGUUCACCAUCAGUACAGCCCACAGUGCAGCCCCUCUGGAGUUAGUACACACGGAUGUGUGGGGACCAGCCCCAAUUUUAGCUAGGAAUGGGGCCAGAUACUUCAUGACCCUGAUUGAUGAUUUCUCAAGGAAACUCUGGAUUUACUUCAUGAGAGAGAAGUCAGAGGUCUUCACCAAGUUCAAGAUCUGGAAAGCUGAGGUGGAGAAGGAGCAGGGGAGGAGGGUGAAGUGUCUGAGGUCAGACAAUGGUGGGGAGUACACUAGCAGAGAGUUCCAGGAUUAUUGUGAGGAGUGUGGGAUCAGGAGACACUUCUCAGUUAAGGGGACUCCACAGCAGAAUGG